AUGGGUUUUACCGGUGACUUCUUCAUCACUUCCACUCGCUCAGUCAAUUUUCCCAUUCUGUUUCCCCCACAGUGUGGCAAUUCCAAGAGAGGCCGGCAUCUGGAAGAAAGGGCUCUUGGGAAGCCUCGGUCAAAACAUGGAUUCUCUAGUUGUGAAAAUCUGCAUUUUAUUUUUAUUGGCAGGGUAGAGAAAUACCGGCCUCAGACGCUUGGAGAUCUAAUUUCUCACGAGGACAUUCUGAAUACCACUGAAUGCUUCUGACGACCGAGGCAUUGAUAUCGUCCGAGGGCCUAUCCUGAAUUUUUCCAGCACCAGAACCAUCUUCAAGAGAGGUUUUAAGCUGGUGAUUCUGGAUGAAGCUGACGCCAUGACCCAGGAUGCACAAAAUGCUCUCAGGCGUGUGAUUGAGAAAUUCACCGAGAACACCCGAUUCUGCCUGAUCUGCAACUACCUCUCCAAAAUAAUCCCAGCUCUACAAUCCAGAUGCACCAGGUUCCGGUUUGGCCCUUUGACGCCAGAACUCAUGGUCCCUCGGUUGAAGCAUGUUAUUGAGAAGGAGAACGUUGAUGUAAGCGAUGACGGAAUGAAAGCCUUGGUGACGCUGUCCAACGGCGAUAUGCGCAGAUCUCUGAACAUCUUGCAGAGCACCUACAUGGCGUUUGGCCAAGUGACCGAAGAGACCGUCUACACUUGCACGGGGCAGCCGCUCAAGUCUGAUAUCGCCAACAUCCUGGACUGGAUGCUGAAUCUGGACUUCAGUUCCGCCUACCGCAACAUCAUGGAACUGAAAACCUUGAAGGGCCUGGCUUUGCAAGACAUUCUAACAGAAAUUCAUUUGUUUGUUCACAGAGUUGAUUUCCCAACAUCUGUUCGGAUCCAGCUGCUGAUCAAGAUGGCAGAUGUGGAACACCGCUUGGCCACAGGGACAAAUGAGAAGAUCCAACUGGGGUCUCUUGUAGCUGCCUUCCAGGUCACCAGAGAUCUGAUUGUAGCUGAGGCUUGAGGACCAAGCUACUCUCCCACGGCCUGAACUACAACCCGUGUACCUAAGGGUUGUCCUUAGAACUCAUCUGGACCCUUCCCAUCAAAACCUUGUAGUUCUGGGCGUCCUACAAGCCUGAUCAUUCUCAGUGCUUCUUAGGAUCUCGCAUGGUCCUCCUUAACCAAUCUGGACAGAAUCAUUGCCAGUCUGCAUUGACAAGAAAUGAUCUUCAAGAUGCUUCAGAGCGAGGGUUCUCAUUUAUUAUGUCUCUGGAAUCAUAUAAUUGGUUCAAAAUGUCUCGAAAUACAUUCACAUCAGCACUUCGGGAAGCUCCACCCUGACCCUCCUCCCCAAUCUUGUUCAAAAUAAAUUCAUUUAUAUGAAA